ACUAAUUCUUUACGUAAUUCCAAUAAUCGAAAUUAUCUACAGUCUUUUUGUAAUCUCACUUUCACUUUUUUUGAAUCUUCUUCCUCUCCCUUCACGUUAUCCUCUCCCCUUCUUUCACUUCCUCUGCAUAAACUUCGUGUAUAGCACCUUCUUCGUCUCCUCUUAACAUUAAUCACCUUUUUUCACUUCUUUUUUCAUUUGUAUCUCUGUUUUUCUCGUGUGCACUACUCGUUUUUUAACAAAGCAGAGCAGUUUAAUUGAAUAUAUAUACAUAGUACCUUCAUUACCCCUGUUGUUGGAUCAGUCUCUUUGUGUAGUGUUAUUCGUUCACUCUUUGAUUAUUGAAUCGGAGAUAUGCAGAUCUGAAAUGGGAUUUCAGAUUUUAAUUACUUUGUGGGUUUUGAGGAAAGGGUGAGAAAUGGAAGCUGCUAAUUUCACUGGAUUGAGUCCGAGAUUGAAUUCAAUUUCCUUGGAAAAGGAUAAAAAUGAUAAUGACCCAGAUUUUGAAAAUUCCCAAUUGGAGAAUAGGCAUUUUCAUUCUAUGGAUGCGUUGGAGAUUUUGAGAGAAACUGUAAGGAUUCUUCGGUAUAAUCCGAUCGGAUUUUUGUCAAUUGCUGCAUUGUUAAUUUGCCCGGUUUCUGCUGUUCUUUUAUCUAAUAUCUUAGUUGAUCAGUACGUUGUGAAGAAAUUGAUGAUUAGGUUAUUGCUUUUGGUUAAAUCUAGUGGGCUUCCACUCAAGCCUUUUAUCAAACAGUCUUGUCAAAAGUUCUCCGAAAUGGUGAUUUCAGCUGUGAUGUGUUUUCCAUUAUAUGUUAGUUUGUUGCUUUUGUCUAAAGCUGCUAUAGUGUAUUCUGUUGAUUGCACUUACUCAAGGAAGAAUUUCGACUCGAAAAAGUUUUAUAUUAUUGUCACAAAGAAUUGGAAGCGUAUUGUGGUGACUUAUAUGUGGGUAAGUAUGGUGAUUACUGGUUGUCUUACGUUAUUUCUUGUGCUUCUGGUGGCGGUGAGCAGCGCCUUCUCUGUAAUUGGGUUCCCUCCUGACUUGAUUUUGUAUCCCGCGAUGAUAGUUGGGAUUAUUUUCUCUAUAAUUUUAGCAAAUGCUAUGAUAAUUUGCAAUAUUGCUAUUGUGAUAUCUGUUUUGGAGGAUGAUUCUGGACCGGAGGCGUUGCUUAGGUCUAGUUCUCUUAUCAAGGGGCAAACACAAAUUGGGUUAUUGAUAUUUCUGGGAUCAACUAUUGGGAUGACAUUUGUGGAGGGAUUGUUUGAGCAUAGAGUGAAGAUAUUAAGCAAUGGAAACGAAUCUUCAAGAAGAUGGGAAGGGCCUCUCUUGGUAAUACUGUAUUCAUUUGUGAUGCUUAUUGAUUGCAUGAUGAGUAGUGUUUUUUACUUCAGUUGUAAAUCAUAUAGAAUGGAAGCUUCAAAUGAAGAAACUUUACCUGUAUUAGAAACCUUGACGAUUUCUUCAGCAUUAGCGGAAGUCCAAUAACAACAUGUUUGAAAGUACGUCUUGUAAAGAGAGAUUUAUCUAAA